ACCAGCUCACAGCCAAAGAGCUCCUCUGUCCCUGCCACGUUGAUCGGGCUUUAAACCAGAACUUUUCCCCUGAAAGAACUGAGAUUACCAGAGGAAGUCAUAGCGCAAGUUUAAAGGACUCUCAUAAGCUUCGAGCCAAAGAAGGGGUGUGAAGGUUUAUAACAGAUCUGGAGAUUCCUGAGGCAGCUAUGACUCAGAGCAAUGCUGAGAACCCACAAAGGAACCGGAAUGGUCUCCACCAGAUCCGGACAGGGAUCCAGUCUCGAUCACUUAUGGCCAAGAAAAGAAUGGAGAACAUCACAAAGGAUGAUGUGAAAGGAUUCUUCAUGAGAAAUGCCUUUGUGAUCUUUACCGUCGCUGCUGUAAUUAUUGGCAUCAUACUUGGAUUUGCCCUGCGACCUUAUAAAAUGUCUUACCGGGAGGUGAAGUUCUUCUCGUUCCCUGGAGAGCUGCUAAUGAGAAUGCUUCAGAUGCUAGUGCUGCCCCUGCUGGUUUCCAGCCUCAUCACAGGUAUGGCCGCUCUGGACGGCCGUGCUUCUGGGAAAAUGGGGAUGAGGGCGGUGAUCUACUACACCACCACUACUAUCAUUGCUGUGUUCAUCGGUAUCGUCUUGGUUCUCAUUAUUCACCCUGGAAAAGGCUCAAAGGAUGAGUUCAAAAACAGCAAGAUAGAGCAGAUCAACCCAGCUGAUGCCUUUCUGGACCUCAUCAGAAACAUGUUUCCACCAAACCUUGUGGAGGCUUGCACCAAACAGUUCAAGACGCAGUAUGCCAAGAGAGUAGUCCACGUGACGAUGACAGUGAAUGACACCAUAUUCACACUCAAUGGGAGCCAGGAGAUCACCCGAGAGGAGAUGAUCCCAGUGCCAGGGUCGGUUAAUGGAGUCAAUGCUCUCGGCCUUGUGAUGUUCUCCAUCUGCUUCGGUCUGAUCAUCGGGAGCAUGAAGGAGCAGGGAAAGCCCCUCAAAGACUUCUUCGACUGUCUCAAUGAGGCCAUCAUGAGGCUGGUCGCCAUAAUCAUGUGGUAUGCCCCUAUCGGUAUCCUGUUCCUGAUUGCUGGUAAAAUCGUGGAGAUGGACGACAUCAGCGACAUGGGUGGCCAGCUGGGAAUGUACACAGUGACAGUCAUUUGUGGCCUGCUCAUCCACGCCGUGAUCGUCCUGCCAACGCUCUACUUCCUCAUCACCAGGAAGAACCCCUUCGUUUUCAUUGGCGGGCUGUUGCAGGCACUCAUCACCGCCCUGGGAACAUCAUCAAGUUCUGCCACACUGCCCAUCACCUUUAAAUGCCUGGAGGAAAACAACAAGGUGGACAAGCGUGUGACCCGUUUCGUGCUCCCUGUCGGUGCCACCAUAAACAUGGAUGGCACAGCUUUAUAUGAAGCCCUGGCUGCCAUCUUUAUUGCUCAGGUCAAUGAUUAUGACCUUAACUUUGGACAGAUUCUCACCAUCAGUAUCACAGCCACAGCAGCCAGUAUUGGAGCAGCUGGAAUCCCUCAGGCAGGACUGGUCACCAUGGUGAUAGUGCUAACGUCUGUAGGCCUGCCCACUGAUGACAUCACACUCAUCAUUGCAGUUGAUUGGUUCCUGGACCGAUUGCGCACCACCACCAAUGUCCUUGGAGACUCCAUCGGUGCAGGUAUAGUGGAGCACCUGUCUCGACACGAGUUGCAGAAGAAGGACCCCGAGGUGGGCAACUCAGUGGUGGAGGAGGCGGACAAGAAGCCGUACCAGCUCAUCUGCCAGGAGAAUGAGUAUGACAGCGAGAGGCCUGCCAACAGCGAGACCAAGAUGUAGAUUUUUGUCCGAGGUUUCUUACAAUCCUAGGAAACCAUUGCACUGCAUUGAACCAUGCUCUCAAACCAAGCUUUUCUUUAUUUGAAAACCUUCCUCUCACAAGACCAGAGGGUUCUAUAUAAAUUGAUUUACAGCUAGAAUAUUUUUCAGCCAAGAUGUGAUAUGUAGUGUGGUCUUUCCUGGCACACUGUUGACUUGAAUUGGUUCGCUGUUGCAUUGUCUCUCUAGGGUUUGUAGUAUGAUGCUGAGUACUAUACCUGCCAUAGGGUGGCAGCUGUUUACUAUUAAGACUAUUAAGACAACUUUAGAGCCUGAUAGUUUGUGGCCUGCAUGCAACCUCUCUCAGAACUGUGAUGACUAAUCCCACCCACUAGAGGUCAGUAUUGCUGUGAGUCUUAACGCUGCAGCAGAUUACAGCCCAUAUUUGCACAGACCUGACUUUAAAGUUGUUGCUUUUGUUUUGUUUGAACGGUGUUGUAUGUGGUGAAUGUGAAAAGUGAAAUGGUUGUAAAAUUCUGUCUGGAAACUGUUAUGAAAAGUGUUGGAUAUCAUUCACAUACAAUAAGGUGACCAGGCCAAGUUCUUUUGGGAAAAAGGGCUACUUAUUUUACCAACUUCUGUCCGGACAAUAAUGGCUUUAUUUUCUAUGAUUUGGAGUAUAUUCAACUGACUAAGUGAGAGUUGAAUUUACGGCACACGUCGCCUUUGUCCCCUAAUUGUCCAAACCAGGAAGUGCUGUCAGAAUAUCUUGGCAUACUAUCCAGUUUUUUGUAUCACACAUAUUCCUCAAACCAAUCAUUACAAUCACGAAGACUGACAAACCAAAAUCACUCAGCCAUGUUUUUAUCCGUAAAUUUGCUCAGCUGAGAAAAACGUAAACGUAAUCAAAUCAGAAUUUUAAGCCAUUAUAUUUCAACCAAAAAAGAACCAAAAAUACUUUCCAAAUUUCUGUAUAGUUUAAUUAAAUCAUACCUGUCCAUGCCUAAACAUAUUGCUAACCCUCUGACAUGGUCAUGGAUUAAACAAAAAAUGAUUCAGUUGAAACAUUCACAUGGCAGUAUGAAAUAUUUCUUUUAUAUUAAAUUAGUAAAAUGGUAGUCAGUAGGUUUGAUAUUUAGCUUCAAAUUUUCUAUUUUCAAUUCAGCUUUCUUUAGAUAAUACAAUCUAAUGUUUAUUUCAUUUGAUUCAAUAUGGAUGCAUGUUGUAAAGUAACACAUUUCAGUUAAUUCCCCAUUUCUUUGGUUUUAGCUAGCUUGUACUUGAGCUAAUUCAGUAUACAUAACAAUGUAUAAGUUGCUUUGUAUAGAAGGUUCUUCUGAAUAUACUGUACUUGUAUGGAUAAAUGUAGAUAAAUGUGUACAUUAAUUGUAGAUUCAACAUUGUUAAAGGUUAUUGAGGAUUGCAUAUGUAAAGAUGUUGUAACCAUGCGCUAACAAACCUUAUGACCAAACUAACAAUCUCUCUAGUUUCUUUUAUAAAUGCAAAACUGGCUGAUUUAAAGGACCAAAUCGUUUUGUCCUUUACACACUUGAGGAAAUGGAAUAGUUCCUUUGUUUACAGUUGCGGGUGUCUCUCUUGAUAUGAUUGUUUCUCUCUUGAAUUCACAUGUGACUGCACACACAGACACACGACUGGACAAUAUUUGUAGUUUUAUCUUGCAUGGAUUUUUAUGAAUAAAAAGAAUA